UGAGGCAGGAGAAGCGCAGGCAUUCCCUGGCUCUGGCUGGCAGCACAAAAUCGAGCGUAGAUGCACACUUCACAGCUGACUCCACUAAUGGCCUCUGCAAGCUGAAGACUGAGCAGAGAGUGUCUUUAGAAAAUCUCAAAAAACUUCAAAUGGCUUUUGAGGACAUGGAAAUGGCUGGAACAUCAAUGGAUCUUAAACACUUUAAGCGGACUAUGAAGAUGUGUUUAAACCUGGAAAAUAUAAAAGAUUCACAAAUUCAGGAGCUCUUCAUGAAGAUUGACUACUCUGGCCAAGGCAGGAUUCAGUGGGAUGAAGUGUGUACCUAUAUGCAAAUGGAGUCCAUAGAGAAAGAGAAGUGCACACAGUUCUGCAAGCAAGUGGCAUUUACUGUCCCUGCCACCAUUAAGCCCUUAGGCCACGGCGAGCCAAUCCUAAAACUCCACAGCACCCCGGACAGGACAGUGGUCAGCCUGCGGGAGGAUGGCACGGUGUGCUACUGGAGCUCAAAGCUUCAGCUCAAGAAGAGCAAGCAUGUGUUUCAUGAGAGACCAAUGAACAGAAAACCAAAGUGGGCCACUGAUUUCAUCCUGAUGCCACAGUAUAACAAACUGCUCGUUGGAACAGGGGAAAGAGAAAUUCAAUUUUUUGAGAUGUCCUCGCUUGAGCCGUAUUGCCAAAUCAGUUCUCUGGAGACGGUGCCUCUGCAGCUGGACUACUGCUAUACCUGUCCGGAUGAAUGCGCAAUUCUAUAUGGGGAUGCACAGGGAUGCGUAAACAUAAUACUUAUGACAUCAGUUGGAGAGAUGCUUAGGACAUGGAAGAAGUUUCCUAAAGUUGAAAAUGUGCCCAAUAUUGCAAUUGACACUGCAGCCCUUUGUACAAAUGUGUCUUACAUUAGAUGGAAGGUUCACCAGGACUGGGUAACGCAGGUGAAAUAUUUAAAAAAUAUGGAAGCUGUCAUUUCUACAUCCAACCAUGACGCAUCUGCACUGGUCAUUGGUUGUGUGCAGCCCUCCACUAAUGUUGAGCACCAUCUUAGGGAGGUGAAAGAGCCCUGCUGUGAGGGGAAGCCCAGGAGGGCUCAGCCUCGGGCUUUAUGGGACCAAACAAUUUUCACAGUCCCGAAAGGGGUGACAACUUUUGAUCUUUGUAAAAAACAUAACCUCCUACUUACUGGUGGGAUGGAUAGACUUGUGCGUAUUUGGAAUCCAUAUGUUCCAGGAAAACCUACGGCUGUACUCAAAGGACACUAUGCACCCAUUUGCUAUCUCUACAUUGACACAGGGGAAAACCAUUUCUUCUCAGUGUCCAUGGACAACACUGUUAAGAUCUGGCAUGCCAUAGACCAGACAUGCUUGUUCACUGCACACCCUAGAGCCAGCCUGAUCAGUGGGGAUAUAUCUGCAGCCCUAUAUUCCCCAGCGGUGAAUACACUAUACAUUGCUACAGACUCAGUGGCCAUGUUGUCCCUUAGGACAAGACCCAAGCCCCAGCCUCGUGUGGUGGUGUCCCAUAGCGAGCCAGUGUUGUGCUGUGGGUACAGUGAAGAGUUCAGGCAGGUGGUCAGCUGCACUGAAGGAUCUGUCGUUAAGGUGUGGGACUUAGACACAGGAAGCCAGGUGUUUGAAUUUGGAGGAGCUCAUGGCCUCUCUGCCAUCACUUGUAUGACUUUUGACCCUCAAGGAAGACGAUUGGUGACAGGAGGCAGAGAUGGUUGUCUUAAAAUCUGGAACUUCAAUAAUGGUCAUUGCCUUCAGAUACUCAAAAGAGAUGGUGCCUGUGAUGAAAUAUGUGACUGCACCUACCUUAAAGUCCACAGGAACAUGUUUGUGAUGUGUGCUGGCUGGAGUCAAAGGCUUGACAUGUAUGCUGAUACUCCAGAUGGCACACCCUAUAUCCAGAAGCCUCAACCAUACUGGCAGGAUGAUCUGAGCAGAGGUCACAAAGAUGACAUCUUGUGCAUUGCUCAGUGUCCACCAUCUCUGCUAGCCACUGGAAGCUGUGACGGGGAGAUCAUUGUCUGGAGUCUGGCAUCAGGACACAUCCAGAGCCGUUUCCUCUCUCCUGUAACUGGUGCACACACAGACACUGGUUUGGAUAGAAGUGUGAGAUGCCUUGCUUUCUUGAGGACUCGAACCCUGCACGUCGACUAUCCCUCUGCAGCCUGUCUUAUUUCAUCUGGACCCCAUGGCUACGUUUUUUUCUGGAAUGUCUUGAUUGGAGGAAGAGUCUUUGCCAAGUUUGAGGCAUCUAAAUUCAAACUGCAGAUUACAAAAGUGACAGUGACCAAUGAUGACAGCAAGUUGUAUUCUGGAGAUGAAGUGGGCUAUGUUUAUAUAUAUGACAUAAAAACAUAUGCUAUUCAUCCAGAACACAAAAAACCAAAGAUUGAAAACUACUGGCGAGCACAUAUCAAUGGCAUAACAGGAUUAGAGAUUUUGGAUAAUAGUUUAGUACUCACUUCCUCUACUGACUGCACUGUACGGCUAUGGACAGUCUGUGGAGAAUUUAUAGGAACAUUUGGGCAGCCAGAGGCCUGGAGUUUACAUAUUCCAUCAUCCUGGAAACACCCUGCCGUGCCCUAUGACAUUCUGAUAGACCCGUUAAGUAUGCCCAGUCACAGCAGUUUGAACACAGAAACCAGCACUAAAGACAUUAUCCACAAACAGGAUCAAAACAAGUUUGAAUCCCAAAGUAAGCUGAAAUCCCCCCCACCAUUCAUCAGUGAUGCAGACAUUGAGACGGAUGUGAAGAGCCCCCUUUGUCCAGAGCAACUUGGGAAACGGCUUCGUCAUGAAAUUUUCAAAAAUGCUAGCCAGUUUCCUAACCAUGGAGGACCCAAGGCAUAUCAUACACUUAAGUACUUUGAUAUUGCACCGACUUCAGCCAUGUGCGAGCGACCUGAUCUUUCACUCGCUGGAACUGAUCCGUUUAUAUCAAACUCUUUGCUGGAGGAGCCGCAGCAGUCCUAGUGCAUUAUGUUGUCUCAGCCCAGAGAUCACCUUAUCAUUUGGACUGAUUCUCAUAUG